CAUGAAGCCGCGGAAUACAUGUGUAGCUCUAAACAAAUUUUCUUCGUGUUUUUCACCAGUUGAUGACGCAUUGCGGAAGUCCUUAAGGAAAGGAUAGCUAUCCAGGUGGUAAAGAAAGUGUAGUAAUGAAUAUAUAUGGUCAUGUCAGCAGUUCUUGUGCAAUAUUUUGUUUGAGUGAGAAAACUAUUGAGGUAUUUUGGAGAACUACUCGGUAAAGAAAGGAGUAUCUGCAGUAGAAAGGAAAGACUUUGCUAGAUCAAGAUUCACAGCUAAGCUGUGUCCAUUUUGUGGACAAUUGAGGUCAAGGAAGGUCGGAGGUUGGAAAGGCCGAUGGUGUAGAGAGUAAGCUGUCUACUGUGGUGACUGGACAUGCAAGAGAGUUGCAUCAUAUGUAUGAGCAGUGGAUUACGACCUUCAACGUCAGGGUACCUCAAGUUAACUCCUCGUUGCCUUUACAUUACUUCAAGAUUGUACAUUCGACCUUCACUGAACCCUCAUCCUAUACUCUUCUCCAACACAUACCUCCACGUCGGCCGAUAUCUGAUAUUAUUGCCGUGUUUGGUAUCAACACGGUUUAGCUUCCUUUUCCACCCGCCGCGCUCAUCCUCUCAAAUUUCCAGUUCCGACAAGCAGAUUUGUUCUCCCACAACACUUGUCUUGAUUAAACCCAAUCUUCUUUUAAAGUUGUGGUUUACCUCGUGGGUGUUUCCUUUUUGUUACCAAAAGAUCACGGCUUUCAGUACAAAUAAUACGUGAAGAAUAUCUCGAACUGUAUCAUAUUUCCUCUUUUCUACCUGACUCGAACCUUCAAAACACUCUUAUUCGUCCCUUAAACCAACAAUACAAAGUACAAAUUUACAUCAUGGCGCAAGUUAUGAUGCCAAUGACACCAUUCAAUCAAAAUGAGAAUGGCACCCCCCCUCGUCCCUUGAGCAGACGCAAGAAGAGAGAAGCCGAAGCAGCAGCAGCAGCAGCAGCAGCCGCCGUUGUCUUACCUGAAGAUCGCAGACGAGCCCUGGAAGCUACGUACAACGGAGCUAGCGCUGGCGAAGCCCGUGAGAAGCUCCUUCAGAAUCCAUCAAUGUCACUUGGACCUGGUCUGCAUCUGUCACCAACUGAGGAUAAGACGUAUAACCUUCUCACCCAUUUUCGUAUUCCUGGACCUGAACUCGUCAACAAGAGCGUCCCUAGCUGUGGCUUGCCAUCAGGAUGGUCCGACAAGCAUGACCGCUGCAUUGCGUAUAUGUCUACUCAUGCUCCGUUGGUUCAAGGCAAAGUUCCCAAGCAAGAGUCGCUUCAACCUCGGUAUACUACCCGCGAGAUUACCUCUUUCAUUCUGAAGAGGUUUCCAGAACUGUGCCGCCACCGUAUCAAGGAGUCUACUAUUGAACUGCGCCUGGAACUCCUGGACCGUUCUGAGAACUCUUAUUUCAGUGUUGAGUAUGGUGGUUAUAGUGAUCAUGAGUGGGCUCGAGGCAUCUAAAAGUGCAUCUUUUUCGAAUUUCAAUCUGCUACUUAAUGUGCUGCAACAUUACCAUCUUCUCUCAACGUUCUGUUAAGGGUCUCUUUGAUUUGUGCAACACUCCUCGUGUAGCUUUGGGUUUGGAGUGGACGAAUACUAUUUUGCUACGAUAAUGACUCAAGAUACUACAUAGUUGUUUUUAUGGUUUACGAUUUCCUGCAUUCUCAGAUAGAUCAUAGAUUAUCUCUCAGGGAUUCUUUUCUCUAUCUAUGGAUUUAUGCGGCGGCGUUUUGAAUUUCAUACA